CGCAGCCGUCGUUAGACGAGCGGCAACAUUCAUCCGGACGCCGUCGCGCCGGGGACGUUUCAGUCGGCGUUCUAGCCGCGUUCGUAACCGGCCAAAUCUAUCUUCCGUCGGCCGGGAAUUAUUCGUAAUCAUUCGCAUUACGCUACGACGAGAAUUAAUACCCUGAAGCUGACUAAGGGUGCGUCGGACAAUUUGUGCUGGGUGACAGAAAGGUGACGCGAAGGGGUCGUGAACUCUUGCUUCUCUGGAUCUUCGACCUGCUUGUAUUCUACUCACGGCUGCGUUUCAAGUGGAGAGGAAGAGAUUAUUGUAGCAGACGUCCAGGUUUCUGGCCGACAAGUGAAAGAACGGAAAAAUGCCUGUGGGAGGACGAGUCGCUGGCAAAGUUGGGAUUUACAGCUCCCAUUAUAAUGGAAAAGGCUACAGUGGUAUUAACGAGGAGAUCAUGUGGAUCAGCAUCGGGAUGGGGAUCACGAUCGCCGUACUGAUCACCAUUGCUCUGUGCUACAUCGCCCGUGAGAAAUGCCGGAAACGACACGAGGGCUACUACGCUUCCUGACGGACGCUGCCGCCGCCCUCGUGGGCCUCUUGGUCCUUCUCACCAUCGACACCUGGCGUCUUUUUCAGCCCGACCACGUCGAGAGGUAAACCGAGGGCGUACUAUAUCACCGUAUAACGCCGAGAUCUGGUGACUAAUACCUUGCUUUCGGCUCGAGCAAGCUGACGUUUCACCAUGAACGAGAAAUCGAACGACGACUCUCUUAUCCCUCGACUUUUUUCAUCUUUCCCCUCCCUAUUCGUCCCUUUCCUUUCUUUUUUUACUUUUCCUGUAUCCUUCGACUAGUCUCAUCCCAUUUAACAGACACAAGAAAAGAAUAUAACAAGUCGAUCAAUGUGCACCUGUGAAUCUUCAUGCCACUCAAUGGCUAGAAAGAAGUAUUUUCGAAAAUACGUAGACGAUAAGUCCACGUUGUUCUACCAGUAAUUUACUUUCAAUCGUAACUAAGCAAUAUUUCAUACUUACGGAUAUGGUAUUCUCGAAGAGGAAAAAAAAAGGAGGAAAUACAUUUCCAUGAUCGCUCAAAAUUCUACCGAACCGCGAAUUUUCCAAGAAAAUUAGAAGCUUGUCGUAGAUUUGAUAUGGAAAUUGAAAACCAAGUAAGAAUAUAACGUUCAGCUCGUGUAAGGUUAAUUAAACAGCUUACUUCGAAUUUCGAUAUUGCGCUACGUAUGAAAUCCAAGAUAUGUAAGUUAUCGUAUCUUGCUGCUGCGACUUUUCGUUCGGUCUGUCUGUGCGCUCGUUCGUCGCGGAAUAAACAUCGGAUUGCUUCUACCGAAUCCUCGAAUUUAUCGAGUCGAAACUCGACCAUGAUUUAUGGAGCGUGUGGAGUAAUCGCUCGAAAGAAGAAGAAAUCGGAGGAAAGCUCGGGUAAUUCCGUUUGAUCGACUGGAUAAUUAACCGAAUUCCUUCCGUUGAUGGCGUUGUUACAGGCAAAUUUUAAGCACAGAUUUCUAUGCUUUAUUGGAAAUUCAAGGCUUUUUGGGUAAUUGAUUCGACAGAACGGACGUCGAAAUUAAUUCGACUUUGUUUGCGAGAACAGGUUUUGAAACUGGAUCGUAAUGAGAUUGUUACGAAAUCGGUUGCUAUGUGAUUUGGGGAUAAUUGACAUGCACCGUUGUUCGUGAGUUACUAGGAUAUUUAUGAAACACGAGGAAUAUUUGCAGCGUUAUUUCGUUAAAUACGAUGGGAAUUCGUACGAUAAAUUCGACAUCUCGUAAUCAAACCUAUUCUGUAAAACGCUAUUCACCUGUUAAUUUUCUAAUUAUUCUAUUUUAUUAUAUAGAAUCGAUCAAGUUUGUACAAUACAUCUGAUACCUUAUAAUCGAAUUUACUGUACAAAAAUGUGUCUCUCGUAUAUUAAUUUCUCAAGCCAGUUGCUCUUUCAUCAAACGUAACACACGUACGAUUGACGUACGCUCUUCUUCAUAGAGAUUAGGGUACUUAUGGAAAAUGAGAAAUAUCUAAGGAGUUAUCAAGGAAUUAUUUCAACUUUUAAGGACUACCGUUUCAUUUAAAGACUGGGACUAAAAAAAAAAGAAAAAAAAAUCACGUAUAUUUAAUUAUAUGUCUGCCACUAUUUCAAGUUUAAAUUAGAUCCAUGACUUCACAUACGUUUCUGUUCGUAAGUGUUAGGGUAUUUAUAGAAAAUAGAGAAUAUCUGAAACGUUCUUUCGACAUUGUUUAAACCUUUAAGAAACAUUGCCGAUUAAAUUUAUGGCUCAACGAUAUCUUUGCUAUUCCCUCGCUGAAUAUCUGCAAAAUAUCUUAAAAGUAGGUUGAAUAAUUUCAUUGCAUAAAGUCGUUGUCCAAUUUCAAGGGAAAUUUCUCAAAAUUGCUGUCCAAAUCCCGACAUUUUCCAAGAGAUUCUAUGUAACGAACGUUAUUUCUCUUUCUUGCCCUAUCCUUUUAAUUCCACGUAUGAGUCGAUUGAUCGUGCAUUCGAGUUGAUUGCAUUCCAAGCAAUAAAACAUUUCCAUGCCAUUGAAGUGGUAAAGUCAAUCGGAUAAUCGAAAAAGUUAACGACAGUGCCGGUCUAAUAGUGUUAAAUCGCGCUUAGAACGAUGCGAUUUGCAUUAAAAUUGCUGGACAAAUGAAACGGCAUUUCGCUCGAUAGAACGUGUCAUUCGUUCGCCAUCUACGCACACAGAUAAAAGACAAUUUCCAGAAAAAUAAGCGCACCGAAUCGUGAAGCUGAGGUAAUCGAGUUUCGUGAUUGUACAGCACGAACAUCAGACAUCUUACAUAUGUUGAGUCAACAUAAUCCUAAAAGAAGAAAAUUUCGAAAAAAAUCCCAUCAAUUUCAUGUCGUAUUUCCAAGGAAUAACAUAAAUAUCUUUCAGCUAAAAAUGGUAGAAGUUGACUUUAGAUGUUUCGUGACUUUUGCCACGGUCCUCUCGCCUGAUUCAAGUAAAUUCUAAUAUCCGAAAUUUACUCGUAUUUUGCAAAAUUGCAAGCCAGUCGAUUACCCUGUCUAGCUCGAUGUUAAUAUCGUAAAAUUGACAAGAAGCAAUUUAUAAUCUACAAUUUGUAACUGGGAAAAAUCCAAGUAGGAAAAUAGAAGAAAUUGAAGAAUAAUGAAAUUCAGUGGAGUAAACUGUAAGGAAACUUCCAUUCUCGUUUUGCAAUAUCCAUUACGUUUCAAUAGAUAAUUGCAAUAACUCUUCAGGAAUGUUAUUCUUUUUAUAUUUACGAGAUAAAUAAAAAUGUCACGAUAUAUACAAAAAUAUAACAAUUUCAAAAAAUAUGAACCACCAUUUGACUAGAAAAUACAUUUGACGCCUACAUACAGUGUAUUUAUGUAUAGAUUCUUUUUUUUUAAACAAAAGAGCUUCUCGAUUAUUACGUAAGAGGACCCAGCAUCUUCUUAAUUUAAUAUCGAACGUCGUCGAAGCGAUUCUGAAACAGUCGCAAAAAGUUUUUAAACGAAUGUUCUCAUCUUCUCAAAUCAUUUCUGGACGUCGUUUCGUCUUCGAGAAACCUCGUCGAUUCUAUUCAAACCGCGGAAAGGCUGGUCUCUCCAUUUCCACGUUCCAUCCAUUCUCGUGCUUUCACGAAACGACUCAAUUUUUCAAGAAAAAAAAAAUGUCUCGCCUGUCGCCAUUCGCUCGGAUGGACAGCAACAACUUCCGGUUCAAGGUUAAAAAGUCUCACGGAACUAAACAAUUCGUAAUAAACUCGCAAAUUUUCAUCCACCGUUGUCCGCACACGCGUCAAUUUUUAGACAAACCCCUUUUUUGGCAAGGAACGCGACAGUCAAAUUUACGACUGAGAAAGCUUUGCCAAACGGCGACAGUCGCUGCAGCAACGUUGGUUUCCGGGGCUUUUAUUCCGCUACCUUUCAGCUCCGUUGGCCCUGGAAAUUUCAGACCUGGAAAAUGCUCAUUUGCGAACGCGCGAAUGUCGAUUCGUGGUCAAAGGGAGGAUUUGGACCAUCGAUUCGGCUGAUAUUUCACGCGUAACUGGUACAGCGUGCGCGAUGUAUUUGAUUUAAAUAUCGCGUGCAGUUGAUCGACGAAAAUAUUCCCACGCUUUUAUCCUGUUCGAUGUUCGAUGACCAAAUAUUCCUAGUUUCUUAGCUCUUUGAUUAUUAAAAAUUGAAGAGAGUUCUUCGCGUGAAAGUUGUUCGACUUCGUGGAAGAAGCUUAAUGGUAUAAGAAAUUCACUUUAUCAACUGUAGUUUACCAGAGUUUUAAUAUCAGGUAAAACGAUAAGAAGCAUUUAAGAAGAUGGAAUAGACUUCACUCUCAAUUUCGGUCGCUUGGAAGUAUAAAUAGCGGUUGAGUUCUUUUUUCUUCUUUUACUUUACUAUUCUUUCGCACGAUAUACAAUGUGUUUUGUAAUUAACGGUGCAGUCGCACAAGGAUAAAUCUUGAUGGUGAUGAAUGAAAAAGUCGAUAAUGUAGAAUGCAACUUCUUCGUUCGAGGUUUCGUUUUCGUAAGCAUCGGUUUUACGUAGAUUUCCUUCGCGUUUCUUAAAUUUAAAGAGACAAUAGAUCAACUUGAAUCCAAAUUGAAAUAUUUUCGGACGAUUGACAUCGAAAUUGACUUUGAACGGAAAUACAGAUAAAAAGAAAGUUUCUAUUAACUCGAGAUAACUGAGUGAAACUAUUAGAUUAUUAGAAUAUCAGAUUGGAAUUCUAAUUGCGACAGCAAACUUCCUACAACAUUUCCUACGCUCGGAACAUGCAUUAUGCAUACCACGUACCAUCUGUCUGCAGAAUUUCAGCUAAAUCGUUGAAUGCAUCGUGAAAUUCCUUCGUGAGAUUUUUUAAAGCUUCGAGAAACACCACGACCGACCGUUCCUUCCUUUAAAUUAAAAUCUCUACCUGCCGAUACGCGAUUCUUCUUUUACGCGCGUAUGAAACAACGAUGAUCGAUCCGAGAUUAAAUCAAAAGUUCGAAAUAUUAUAAAUUGCUGGCAUGUAUAAUUUUAUUGGGCUGCUCGGGAAAUUCGUAGCGAAUUUUAAAGAGUACUCGAAGAUCGUAUCUACAUUAGCACGAAAUUAGCAUUUUAUCGCACAGUAAAUGCAGCUUUCGCAACUGCAGUUUACGCAUUAUUUCGCUGCUUGGUCCUUGAUAGACUGAUGCGUUUAAUUGAUCCAACUAGAAGUAACAUUUACCAAAGUAGCGAACCGUGUAACUUCGAAAGAAAUAUCUUAACGUUACGCGAAUAUUGUAGAAGAUUAUUUCUUUGAAAUAUUUCUUUCGAAGAAACGUCGUUUUUACCGGAAAGUCUUAAUUUUGACAAAUGUGUAACACUCUUCCGAUCUUAUUAGAUACGUAGAUUACGAAAUGUAAUACACCUACUGCCAUAAACGUUAGGAAUUUAUCGAGCAACCCAGUAGGCUGCGAGUUUUUACGCGUUUAGGAAAAAUGCUUUAAAUCAAAGAAUACGCGCAGUGCAGAGAACGUGUAAAAAUGUAGAAAAACGUCUCAAGUAUUCAUCCUAGAUAGCACUCAACAGAUGAAAUAUAUUUUUACACGCAUUUCAUUCCUUUAAUCGUAUUCGUCAAAAUAUUAAUUUGCGUAAGUAUCAUGAAUGAUACUCUAUGGUUGUUAAACGAUGGUAAUUAAUAAUAAUAAAAAAAAAAAAGAUAAUACAACGUCAUAAACCGUGGCGCUGAAGCUGAUUUCAAAAUCGCUGAUUUGAUACGAAGUAAUAAUAAAUUACAAACGUUCGAUUAAUCCUGCGUGAAAUCGAGUAUCUUCCGAUGUAAGAGGAUUAAAACGACGAUCGAUCAUCGGUGUUCGGGUUUCAAAAGCACAGACAAAUCGAUACUUUCUGCACCGACGUCUAAAUGUUUAUCGAUAGCUAAAAAAAAAAGAGAAAAAAAAAGAAAGAUGAAGAAGACAGAAGACCGAAGGUAUUUUUCAACGAAGUUCGAUCGACGAAAAGAUUGAAACGAGAAUUUUGGGAACACAUAGAAGCGACAUCAACGAACGAUAAUUUCGAUUCUAAGGUAGCAUCCGCGUCGGUAUAUGUCGGUAUCUGUAUUUACCACUCGUUCAAAACGCUUAUAUUUCUGUCGAGGAAACCUUCAGAAAUUUAAUUACGUUCGCCUUUUGCUUCGAGAUAAUUACCUUCGUGAUAAUUACCGAAUUUUCCGCUAAGAAAGGUAACGAAGAAAACUGGACGCACAAUCUACAUUCAUCCGUUCCUCCGAAACAACGUUCUUGCAACUUCUCAUACUUACGAACUUGAAAAAUAACCUGUUAGGAUAGAAAUUAACGAAUAAGCUAAUGCAAGCGUUUGCAUUAGCGUACAAUAGUGUCUUCGUGAAUAUCGUUCGUUAGGACGUACAGAAUAUAUAGCAUAGACUCAUCUACGAGUUCAGCUGUUUCAAGAACACGAGACACGAAAAUAACAUCGAAAGUAGAACUUUCGAGAAAAUCAUUUUCUUAUUAUCGACGUAAUUUAUUGAGAAAAUUUUAUACCGCGCGAAUCGUAGAAUCAUAGCGCUGUAUAUGAUUCUACGAUAUCCUUUUGUCGAAAUUUCCAGCGUUAAAUAAAUUAUUCGAUAGCAAUUGAUGAAUCAGACCUUGAAAUACUAAAAUUGCUGUAGAACCACUGUAGCUCAGCUCGCACGGAAAGCUACGUCGUAUCCUGUACAUAUAGAACGAUUUCGAUUAGGUGAUGAAUGGUUAUUAGCUGCUAUAACAGUAAUUGUGGAUGUUCUGUAAACAUCGUCGAUUUCGAAUCUCUUGGGCGUGGAAUCGAGGAACGGAUGAAAUUCGGUUAGUAGACACGAGCAUUAAAGAAUUAAUGGAAAGUAAUAAUCAUUUUGGAAAGUGCACGAGCAUGCCUGCACAAUUUGAAAACCGAAAAGGUUCCUGCCGUUACUCGGUAAUUUAAUCCAAUAAUAUCGUUAAAGAUUAACGAUAGUGAUAUUAAAUAUUCAUAAUAAAUGUCAAUUCCUUGAUCUUCUUCGCGCGUUAAAAAUUGUUGGCAUUCCAAUCCCUCUUAACUCGAAAUUUCACUCUGAAACAUUCUAAACACACGAAGACGUUGCACGUUCGAGAAGAUCGAUUUAUCUGGAUAUAAGAAUAAAUCUAACGAUAAAAAAAAAAAAUACGUACGUCCAACGAAAUUCAAAGAAUGAAACCCGCUUGUAAGAUACGUCGCUGAUUUCAACUAAAGUUAUCGAAAUAUACGAGCAACACGAAGAAUAUCUGCAUACGUAUACGAAUAACUACGUUGCGAGUUAAGAAGAUAGUCACAGAUACGGAGGAAAGCUGCAAAAUAAAAAGGAUACAAAAAUGUGUAACUUCCUACUUUAUCGACUUAAAGGAAUAUAGUUACACGUUUGUUUCUAUAUCUUCGUAGUCGAAGAUGUACGAGUAUAUGGAAGAUUUCCACAUCGCAGGAAGUACAGAAUUCUACGCAGAAUUUUACAAGAGCAAGAAUUAAGAUACAUACGAGCGACUUUUAAAUCGCGCGAAGUUACAAAUAAACGGGAGGCUACUGAAUCGAACAGAACGCAGAUACGCCAGAGAUUUUCGCGUUAAACAAAAUAUAAACGCGCGAAUAUACUUCCAUAUAAGAAAACAACGUAGAUGGCGAACUCGCAUUAAAAAAAGUUGCGAUUUAAAAGACCGUAGGUGGACGGUUGGAACAGAAUCGUGCAGGCGUGCUGUUGUGCGUGUAAAACGUGUAAAUAAACAGGCGAAAGCACAUAACGUGGAUGCAAAGUAAAAAGUAUAGCACCCGUUGGUGCGGUACGAUAUUGCAUUACUAACGAGAUAUUAGGUGAUACACGGGUGUAUGCAUAUAUAUAAUACGUAGCUUGAAAGUCUACUAAAUCGUCGUGUUUUACCGCGAACAUCUGCAGGGGCAUUCAUUAAUUCCCCCAAGAACGGUUUAAUUCGAUCUCAUUACGAAGCACCGGCUGCAGAUUGCGCCUGGAAAUAGCGGUUCUUAUAAUAGAAAAUGGCGAGGAAUUGCAAUUCGGACAAUGUGAUAUUUUAGGAUGCAAUUGCUACGGUUUUCGCAAAUCCUUCUCUAUUUGUCAUAGAAGCGUAACAAUUAUUUCUUGUUAACUGUGUUAAUAACGUUUUCUUCUCCUUUUUUUUCUGUUACAACGCCGCCGAUAAUUUUAAUGAAACAAUUUUUAUCGAACUACGGAUCGAACUCUAAACUUUUCGGUUUAUUUCGAAUUUGUCCUAACAGUAUCGCGCAAUUGCUUUUUAGAAUAACACGUUGCUAUUAGUUUAACGAUAUUUGGUUUAUCAUAAAUUAUAUUCGUUAGAUGUUUGUGCAUGUUGAUGUUUUGUCUCUUUGCCUUUCUGGUAAUUAUUUAUGCGGAAAGUGGAUAGUAACAACGAUGCGUCGAGAGAAAUUAAUGAAGGCCUGCUUGUGAAAUAUUUCUUUAGGAAUACUUCAAUUAAUGUGUUCUGAAAUAGAAGUGUCUGGCCUAAACUACCGCCAAGUUACGAUGAAACAUCGAUCGUAACGAACUGACACUUCUUGCCUCCGAAGGUCGUUUUAUUUUUCAUUCGAAGCGAUCAUUUACAAAGUAUUGGGCGAAACUACUAUGAUACAGAUUGAACAUCAAUUUUACUAUUUCUAAAAUAAUGAAACAAACUUUUCUAUCCUCUGAUAUCGUUCUCGGCGAUAGAACGCAUUUCGAACGUUCGUAAGAAUGUUUGCAAAAUUACACGAUUCGUUAACAAUUAUUUUGACGUAUCAGGAUGUCUGCAAAAUUAUACAGACCAUCGAAUUAACUUGCACGAAAGCAUAGAACGCGCGAUACUAAUUUUGUAUAGCAUAGUCUCACGAGAUAUAAAGCAAGAAAAAUAAAUCUAUAAAUUCAACUAAACAACAAAUUCAAAUUAAAAUUUUGCACAAAGAGAAAUCAAAUGAGGCAUCGAAAAGAUCUAGUUUAAUUUACAAAAAUCGACCGAAAAUUUGUUGGAACAUUGGCGUUCUAAAUUCUUUCGAGGCGUUCAAUACUUUGGGAAUAAUUAGCCUAGAACUAUAGCUGCCUACAAGAUCUCUUCAAAGCGAGUUCUGAACGUGUUUACAAAAAAGAAGAAAAAAAUGAGAGAAGAUUAACACUGAUCACUUCCUGAAAGAGACUUUUUAACUCCUAUCGUCACAUCCGUUAAGUGUACAAAGGGUCUCAAUGUAACAAUUAACACGUACAACGUAAGGAUUCUGACCAAAAAACUUUAGAAUAUACUUCAGAGAACUGAGAUUAUUAUACCAGGGUCUCGAUCUGAUUGUGUAUGGCCUGUAGAAAACGACCGUAGAAUAAUGAGUACUUAUUAUUAGAUAUUAUUAUUAUUAUACAUUGUUGAAACGUGGAUAAAAUCUAUUGCAUAAAUAAUAGUGAGUGACGAGUGUGGAUGACAUGGAAACAACGUACAAGCCUCCUGGUUGUUUCAAUAAUUUCACUCCUUCCGUCUGACAAAUGCAAUCAUCGUGAACAUCGUUAUUGUUAUUGACAUAUAACUGUUUAUAGUUUUGACAAGUUCUCUACCAAAAUUCUCUAUUAUUUUAAAUUGCAACAUCUACUUUUUGAGUAUAACUCGAACACUUUUUUUAAAAAUCGUUUCUUUGCUAUUGUAUAUGAGAAUUCCUGAAUGUUUACUUUGCCUAGAAUAUUUACAAAAUUAACAAAAUGCAAAUCUCUUCGUCCUGGGUCAGAUGAAUUCUUCGUUAUAUAUUUAUAACAUGUCUAGUUAUUUUCGUUCUUUUCAAUUUUCAAUCAUUUUCGAGAAAUAAAUGGUUUCACGAAAAAAUACAAAGCGUCGAGUGUACUUUUUAUUUUAAAUUGAUGAUAGACGAUUCGAACAGUUUUUCAUGCUGUAUUCAUUCAGAUAUCGCGGAAAUCUAACUUUUGUGAAUAAUAUUGUAAAUACUGUACGAUAUGACUUUAAAUAAAAAAUCUCAUAUAAGGAAGUCGUAUGAGUAACAUGAUAGAGAACGUGUUAAACAACAAGGACACAAUUUUCUUCUUAUUGCGAAUGCUACUAUAGGUUCUAUAAUUAAACACUGUAAUAUAUAUUAUGUAUUAGAUAAUUUAACUUUCAACCAUUUUAACACAAAAAGAAUAGAACAAAUCAAACAAAAAAUUGUCAAAUGAAAACUAUACGCAUCGCUCAAAAUUUCUCCCUAGAUAAGUCGUACUUGUGAUAAGAAAGCGUAAAAAUUAUACUCCUCUCUCUCUCUCUCUCUCUUUCUCUAAUAGAGUAGUUAAAUAUUUUAAGACUUAUUAGAUAUAUGUAAAUAUUUUUUGCGUUCGUGAUAUUGCGAAAAUAAUACAUAUGUAAGCGUAUAUUUUAACAAUAAUGAAUAAAAUAUUUCAAUUGUUUUAAGUUUGAAAAAAAAUCAACUGGAGGCUUGUACACAAUAUGGCGGAAUUUUGAUGUUCCUCGCGCAUGCAUUUAUGCACCGUGAAAUUUAGAUGUUUUUUAUGGUGGAUCGCGACAUCUCGUCGUAAACGCGACAGAUUUUAGAGAUUUUAUGAAUGUUACACGACUUGCUCGUGAUAAGGGCUGCUUAGUGGGUAACUUGUAUUUCUAUUGAAAGUAGAUGCUGUUUUAUGUAAGAAAACAGAGAACGAGAGAGAUUUCUCAGUAACAAGGCGCGAUUCGAUAUACUAAAAUGUCUAUUGCAAUGACCAACUUGAUAGAUUGCUCUAUGUAUUACGAUAUAUUAUUUCUUCUGCAUUUGUAACAAAUAAACAAUUAAAGAGAUGUCUUGGAA